GGGGAGUGAGGCGUUUGGGGAUGUUGUGCUCAAAGGUGACUCGGUUGUUACUAUUCCCGCCGCCCUUGGUUUUCCUGCUCCUGGCGGUCCCCUCGGGCUCUGCCCAGAGUGUCUUCGGCCGCCCUCACCUCCAUGGCUCUUCCCACCGGGAUCCCGACCGCCCCUUCGUGGCUCCCAGGGCUUACCGGACCUGUUACUUUGACCAAAAGAUCGACCACUUUGGUUUUUAUGAAGAUCGCACUUUUAAGCAGCGCUACCUCAUAGCUGACCAGCAAUGGAAGAGAGAUGUCGGCUCGAUCCUCUUCUAUACUGGCAAUGAAGGAGACAUCACCUUAUUUGCUAAUAAUACGGGUUUUAUGUGGAAUGUGGCUGAAGAGCUUGAUGCCAUACUGGUCUUCGCUGAACACAGAUACUAUGGGGAGUCUCUGCCCUUUGGCAACAAAUCAUUCACUGAUGCCAAGCAUCUGAAUUAUUUGACUUCAGAGCAGGCUCUGGCUGAUUUUGCCAUACUUGUGCAGCACCUGAAGGCUACAAUCCCUGGAGCCCAGAAAACUCCUGUUAUUGCCAUAGGAGGAUCUUAUGGAGGGAUGCUUGCAGCCUGGUUUCGAAUGAAAUAUCCCCAUAUUGUAAUUGGAGCUCUUGCAGCUUCAGCUCCUAUCUGGCAGUUUGACAGCCUGGUUCCUUGUGGCACCUUUUACAGCAUAGUGACCCAAGAUUUCAAAAAGAGUGGGAAUUGCUGUUCAGAAAGCAUCAGGAACUCCUGGGCAGCCAUUAACCGUCUUGCUUCCACAGAGGAAGGAUUACACUGGCUUUCUUGUACAUUUCGAUUGUGCACUCCACUGAAAAAGGGGACAGAUGCUGCUGCCUUCAAAGGAUGGCUAAGUGAGACCUGGAUUAACUUGGCUAUGGUUGACUAUCCAUAUAAGGCUGACUUCUUGCAGCCUCUCCCUGCGUGGCCUAUUCAGGAAGUUUGUAAAUAUUUAAAAAAUCCCAAACUGCCAGACAGAUUGCUGCUGCAAAAUAUCUUCCAGGCAGUAAAUGUCUACUAUAACUACACAGGACAUGCAUCAUGCCUUAACUUAACCGAGACUGCUACAAAAAGCCUUGGGACGAAGGGCUGGUACUAUCAGGCUUGCACUGAAAUGGUGAUGCCGAUGUGUUCUGAUGGAGUCAAUGACAUGUUUGAGCCACAGAAAUGGGACUUUCACAAGUACUCAGAAGAAUGCUUCAAGAUCUGGGGUGUGCGGCCUCGUCCAUCUUGGAUCCCCACUUCCUAUGGUGGAAAGAACAUCAGUGCUCACAGCAACAUAAUCUUCAGCAAUGGUGGGCUUGACCCCUGGUCCGGAGGUGGAGUAACAAAGAACAUCACAGACACUCUAGUUGCUAUCAUGAUCCCAGAAGGUGCGCAUCACUUGGACCUUCGCUCCAAUUCUCCUUUUGAUCCUGUUUCUGUGCUGCAAGCUCGCCUCUUGGAAGUUCACUACAUGAGGCUGUGGCUACAAAAGCACAGAAGAUAUAACAAGCACCACAAAUGAUUAGAGACCAUGGGAUGUUUGUAAUUGUUUUUUUUUUCCACUGGUGAUGACAUGGGAUGUAAUCAUCAACAUUCUCGAUAUCUCUUUUUCUCUUUCUCUCUCAAGGCCUGUUUGACCCAUCUGAUUGUAUGAAGGACUUUCUGAAGUGGCAGAUCUAAGCCAUCCCAAUGCACUGGGGGGGCACUUGCAUUACUGUAUCUUUGUACAAGCAUCCAGUGGGCAUUUUCUAGUUGAGCAUGGGGACUGCAACAUAUUUUUAGGGGGGAACAGGGAGACAAGUAUCUUCCCCCUGGCCUGCAUGUGUACAUAGCUUACUUUAAAAGAAUUCAUUGCAAUAGGAUAUAGUGGGGGCCACAAUAUUAGUGGCUUUAAAAGGAGAUUAAAAAAAAUUAAAGGGGUAAAUCUACCUGUGGCUUUAAGCUGGUGGGUGGAGAUAAGCCCUGUAGUCCUACAGAUAUUGUGAGACUACAACUCCCAUGGUCUGAUGGGAGUUGGGAGUCCAGCAACAUCUAGUUGUUGAGAGGUUAGCCACCAUGUUAACUGAAUGGUUGAGAUGUCCUCUGAAUGCUUGUUCUUGAGGGGUUCAACAUGGGGACAAAAUAAUGUUUCCUUCAGAAUGGGUCAUGAAGGCAUUUGACUGAUCAGCAUUCAAAAGGGGAUAAAUCACCAGAUGGCUCUUUGGACUGAUUCAGCCUCAACUUACAUACCUCAACUCAACUCUAUAGGUGGUUAUAACACAGCCAUAUUGCAUGGGCAGGGGACAAGCAAAUAUCCAGCAUUUAAGGGAACAGAAGGCACAGAAACUGUGAACUCUUAUUUUGCCAAAAAUUGAAGCCAUUUGAAUUUGCCCUCUUUAUUUGGGAUGGAGCAUCUCCAGUUCUUUUCCUUCUCUAGGAAACAGGUUUUACUUUGCCUCCA